CGUCGCAUCCGGUCUUUGCCGGUGUGUUGUUGUGUCUUGCCGGCUGUCCAUGGAAGUGGCUCGGCUCUGAUGGUGUAGCGCUCCGGGAAGGGAAAGCCGCCAGCAAUGGCCGCCGAGGCAGAUAAAGACAUGAACCUGUCGUUGAUCAUCAAAUGGGGCGGCCAGGAGUUCCCUUUGUCUGCCCUGUCUGAGGAGGACACAGUGCUGGACCUGAAGCAUUCCCUGAAGAGCCUGACCGGGGUGCUGCCAGAGAGGCAGAAGCUUCUGGGACUCAAAUACAAGGGCAAGCCAGCAGAAAAUGAUUUAAAACUGGGUGUCCUAAAGCUCAAGCCAAAUACCAAGAUUAUGAUGAUGGGAACACGUGAGGAGAGUUUGGAAGAAGUGAUGGCACCACCUCCAGAAAAUGACGAUGUUAUAAAUGACUUUGACAUUGAAGAGGAGGUAGUGGAGGUGGAAAAUCGAGAAGAAAAUCUGGCUAAGAUUUCACGCCGUGUCAAAGAAUACAAAGUGGAAGUCCUAAAUCCUCCGAGAGAGGGGAAGAAGCUGCUUGUUUUAGAUGUCGACUACACUCUGUUUGAUCAUCGGUCCUGUGCGGAAACUGGCCUGGAGCUAAUGAGACCAUAUCUGCAUGAGUUUCUUACAUCUGCCUAUGAAGAUUAUGAUAUUGUAAUAUGGUCUGCAACAAGCAUGAAAUGGAUUGAAGCCAAAAUGAAGGAAUUGGGCGUCAGCACAAAUGCCAAUUAUAAGAUCACUUUUAUGUUGGAUAGUGCAGCCAUGAUUACUGUCCACACACCCAGAAGAGGUCUCAUUGAUGUAAAGCCUCUUGGAGUAAUUUGGGGAAAAUAUUCAGAAUUUUACAGUAAAAAAAAUACCAUAAUGUUCGAUGAUAUAGGAAGAAAUUUCUUGAUGAAUCCCCAGAAUGGCUUAAAGAUCAGACCUUUCAUGAAGGCUCAUUUAAAUCGGGAUAAAGAUAAAGAGCUUUUGAAACUAUCUCAAUACCUUCAAGAAAUUGCUAAACUAGACGACUUAUCAGAUCUUAAUCAUAAACAUUGGGAAAGAUACCUCUCAAAGAAACUAGGUCAACAGUGAACUGUUUCAUUUAAAGGCUGUGCUGCUUGUACAGUGUAUUUUAGCUGUUACAUGAAAUGGGAGAAGCCAGGAUGACGCUUGAAUUGUGAUGGCCAUGUUUUUUUUUUUUUCCUCUAUAGCCACUAAACUUUUUUUUUGUUUGUUUUAUAUAAAAACCUGCCUUGCUUUAAUUCACCUACAACACAAAUAUCCAAGCCAUGUGUCACUUCUCUGUUCCAUCUUCCCUCCAUUCUGAUCAUUCUAUUUUUUUAUUUAUAU